UACUAAUACGACGGAAUGGACACUCCCCGGAUUGUGACUCGUUCUCGGCAUGUUCCGACUCCGAAAAUGUCCGACCGAAAGAAAUCCCUGUUUUCGACAGAAUCUGGCGUGGAUCGCAGGACCAGGGAGGACUCCGAUCUAGGACCUAUGAGUCCGCUCAAAUUCAGCAACAGUCCCAAACGGGGUCCGAUGAAGGAUCUGAACAUUACCACAUUCCGAAACAUUUUGGGAAACGCAUCACCAGAAAGCGAUCGUUCGCUGUCGCCUGAUUUCGAACGUCGUUUCUCGCACUCAGAACGGUACGAGAUUCUGACGCCCUCAAAUGACAAAGAAAAUCAGAUUGUAGAUGAAGACACUCGACUGUCUUUCUCCAGCAGCACUCCAAGAAUGCGGACUUUGGCUGAAUCCACACUUUUGGACGAGACCAAUUCCAACAGUUUAUCCAAGCUGAUGAAUUCUGAUUUGAACAUUGAUGAGAAGAAAAAUCCUAUUCUGAAAACGCCUGGUCUGAGUGAGAAAGGUGGUCAAAAUCUUGAACCAAGAAGGUCUUUUCGUAAAUUGAGCUUUCAAGAAGAUGCUUUUACUCCCAGUGACGAGUGCAAAGCUAACUCUUCUUCGGAGUUCAACAGCGAGAGCCGAGCAAGGACUUCACUAUCGUUCAAUAACAUUCGUCCCAUUUCAACGAAGUCCUUCUAUUCUUCAAAUGCUGAUGCUGGGAAUGGCCGGAAAUCAGUUCCAAACCUGUCACCUCCAAAUACAAUUGUUUCCUGUAGAGUACCUCAAAGGAGGUCAAGCAGCAAUCCUAGAAAAUCGGGUCCAUCUUCUAAAAAGCGUUCAAACUCGAUCCGUCUGGGAGGUUUUAACAGAGGAGUUUUUCAUAAAAUCAAAAAACCGACGAACAAAACAAAGGUAAGCAACGCGAGGGUCAAAAAGUUGUCAACAAGUCAAAUCCUCGAAUCGACGGCUACGCUAUUCGACAAAUCACCGCCACAGGCAACCAAACCGCCGGUGCAAUCUAAAUCGGCUCCAUCAAGUCCGCAAAAUCCCAAACCGCUUAAACAACAGAUCGAGCGUAUCCGCAAGAUUCUCAAGGACAGUCGGAAUCCCAUCGAACAAGCUCGGCCGCUAUCGCUAUCCAAGUCGAUGUCGAAUUUGGCUAACGCUUCAUUGUACAAUGAUGAUGCGCAUGAUGGCGGGACAACAGAUCAUGAUAACGAAGACGAAAACUUCGAUGCAAAAUCCGAGGGUGGACGUAGCGAAAGCGGCCGAAAGUUUUUCAAGUCCAGUUCUAACCGGAGGAUCAAGCGGGAGUAUAAGCUGGUCCAUAACGUCACAGCCACGGUGCAUAAGGGUGGCAAGGUUUCGUUGAACAAGAGUAAGGAAAGGAAGCGGAAGCACGUGUCGCUGUUCGACGACGAAAUGGAUCUUGCUUCUGAACAGUUGGAGGUGGACUUCCUCAUUAGUAAACUCCUCGGUUCACAAGACAAACCGAAAGCAGAUGCUGUUCAACCGAAACAGUCCACACCCAAAAGAAGUGACUUGGAAUUUCAAUCUCAAACUGAACCACCCGUAGCUGCGGUACAGAUCGAAAUUAUCGAUGCGAUGCACAGUGAAGUAAGCGACGACGAACCGAUCCCUAUGCAACCGAAUGUUAUCUAUGUGGAUCGACUUUCGCCCCUUUUUAACGGAACCGGCGGUGAAGAUAGUUCUUGCAGCAGCACACAGGAAGGAACUGGCGCACAACUCGAUUAUCAGGAAUCUCCCACGAUGCAAAUCCGAACGAUGACCUCGUCGUUGAGCAUCACUCGAGCUGCUGAUGUUUCCGAUCAGUUGGACACCCGUCCGCAAACGGAAUCGAACAGACUUUUCCCCAUCUUCUACAAAGAUCACCAACGAACGGUUGCACUGCAAUCUCGGGUCGAGCAUGACAUUAUUGGUCACGGUCUCUUCGACGCAAUUCGUGACAAACCGAAACGGCUGCGAACCUCCAGGGGCGUUGGUUUCAAUCAGUACCAGAUCGACGCCGGCCAGAGGCAAUAUGGCGCCCAACAGUGUGCGGGAUGUGGUUUGCUCUACAGCGCCCACGAGCCGGAGGAAGAGAUGAUUCAUGAUAACUAUCACGCUUCCUUGCACAUUCUCAGAUUUCCAGGAUGGAACAGUGAAGCGGUGGUGGCUCACGUCCCGGAGUGGGACGUCAGCGGACGAAUAUUGGCCGUGGGAAUGACCGCCGGUCAGCAUAAGCUCCGUAAGGUGCAGGAAGUGCUUACUGUGGUAGAUCGGGAGCUUGGCUUCGGGGAACCUUGCCAACUGGUGCUGGGCUCGGUUGUUUACCUGGCCAUAGCUAGGAGCACCGUACUCGGGGUUUGCGUUGCGCAACCACAAUCCCACGCCAAUCGUUUGCUGACAAUCGAGGGACUGGAAGGAUCCAUCGAUUGUUGCACGAUGGAAGCCUACCCGGUGAAAUGCGGAAUUUCCCGAAUAUGGGUCUCGCCCAGCUUUCGAGGCCAUGGCAUUGCGCGAACGAUGCUCGCCGUCAUGAGAUCGCACUUUGUGUUCGGUUAUCAGAUGAGCUACGACGAGAUCGCAUUCAGCGCUCCAACCGAUGCUGGUAAGCGACUCGCCGAAAGCGUCACAGGGCGGAAAGACUUUCUCAUUUACAUCUGACGAGGGGUUUCUUUCUAUUUUGUGCAAAUUUAUUUGUAACGCUGUUUUAUAUGUACCUAUCUGUGUUAAUCUCUCUAUUUUUCUCUGUUGAUUUGGAGCCUUUCCAUGACAAACGCCUAAGUUUUUUUUUGUUUGUAUCUUUUAUCUUUUGUACUGUACUAUUUGAAAAUGUUUCGUUUACAAACCCAAUUCUUCUUUUUUGGGAAGCCAUACAUUGAUGAACAAAUGUACAAAACUAAUAAAUUUGAUCGUUAUUUUUUUGUCCUCGAUAUGCAAA